UUCAAGAAAGACACAAGCGAUUCCAAGUAGAUCUACAAGUUUUACGGUCUUAAUUUUCUUUUCAUAAUGCCGCCGAAGAAGUCGAAACCUCAGUUUUAUAUAGAAGAAGGAGGUGUGAACCUUCAGAUCAAUAUUAGAACUGGACUUAACGAUUAUGAAGGAGAAACAACAGAGACAUGUUCAUCCAGCAGUAGCUCAUGCCAUGAAGAUAAAGUGUGUCAGAAAGGCGAAAGAUAUAGGAUCAAACGUAAUGCAAAUGCCCAACCAGAGAAAGAAGAGGUGAAGGUGCAAGCUCCUGUUGAGAAUGAGCAGAGACCACAGGUGAAGGCGCAAGCUCCUGUUGAGAAUGAGCAGAGACCAGAUUCAGGUGUCCUGACAGGGUACUUUGUUGCUAGUAUGAGUAGUGAUGCCGGUGGAAUCAGUUCUGAGAAAGGCCCUGCGGUAGAACAAGUCGUGAAUACUGCAAAACCAGCAACCAACCUUAAGAAGUAA